GUGUUGAUCUGGCAAAACCGAGACGAGAAAAUCGGAGCUAGGUCUGUGAUCGUGUUAUUCAUAUUUAGUUAACCUUUACGCGUAAAAUGGCACUUCGUACAUUAUCGUUUUUGCGUACAAAUAGUGAUGUUUUAAAGUGUUGCGGAUUACCGAAAAGAUGUUUUGUGGACUCACGCAAAACAAGCGAAGACGUUGUUCCUACGACUAUACCAGUACGUAAAGAACUUCAAGACUUAUUUCUAAGUAAAGAAGAAAAACUGUACAGAGAGGCUAUGAAAGGUUUGAUUGAGGUACCAGUGAACGAAGAUGUUGGCUUGGUUUCUGGUACACCUGAAGAACACAUAAAAACUCGUCGAGUUCGCAUUUACUGCCCUGCAAAAAGUGCUAUGCAGUGUGGAACAAAUAAUAUACACUUUUGGCAAAUAGAUUUUGAUACACGUGAACGUUGGGAAAAUCCACUCAUGGGAUGGACAUCAAGUGGAGAUCCUAUGUCUAAUCUCAAGGUAGAAUUUGCAACAGAACAGGAAGCCAUUGCACACUGUGAGAAAAUGGGAUGGGACUAUUAUGUUCAACAACCAAAUAAAAAUAAUCCUGAACCUCGCAGUUAUGGUACAAACUUUUCAUGGAAUAAACGUACCAGAGUUUCAACUAAGUGAAGAAAUAGGUUGUUGAAGAAAAAGCAGUAUAGUUCUGUAGAUAGCAAUAUCAUGCAUCAUAUGAUAAGACAACUAUAUGUAUACAUAAUUGUUCUGGUAUGUAAAGUUCCAUAA